UACUGUGAGAAAUGCCAGUCAACUUGACGGAGAAGAAGAAGAAAGUCGUGUGAGUAAGAAUGUGGCUAAAAGUGAGUGAAAAAAUAGGUGGAUAAUUGUUCAAUUUGUGCUUUUUCUGUGGUAUAAAUCCCGGGGAUGGUGUUUCUGUGGAUAAACUGAGUGAAAAACUUGUGUGUUGAAAGAUAUUUUGAUGUGCUUCUGAGUGAGUCUUUCCCGGACACAGGCAGUUGUCAAGUAGUAGCCCAGGCAUCAAAUUGCGAGAUAAAUUGUCCGAGAACAAGUGAUUCUUUGUGGGUGGUGCAAAAGAAGGAGAAAAUUGUCACAGACAUCCGCAAACUCACUCUUUCUGACCUAGAUAAGUCAACAGAGGAGGUGACUUGGAAGAUAGAGAAAAAUGCUGGCGGGGAUCCGCGUGGUUCGUGGACCAGAUUGGAUAUGGCAGAAUCAAGACGGGGGUGAAGGACACGUGGGCACCGUGUGUGAAAUUGGACGAUCUGGAUCGGCACAUUCACCAGAGAAAACUGUCGUUGUUAAUUGGGACUCUGGUCAUCGGACCAAUUACCGAGUUGGCUAUCAGGGUCAAUAUGAUUUAAUUAUCGUAGAUAAUGCGCAAAUUGGUGUAAAACAUCCAAAUAUCAUUUGCGAUGGAUGCUCAAAAGUUGGAAUAGCUGGAAUACGAUUUCGCUGUGCGCAGUGCUCGAAUUUUGAUUUAUGCUCUGCAUGCUACGGCAGUGAUAUUCACGAUUUGGAUCACACAUUCAUCAGAUACCAGACAAGUAACUCAGUCGGGGUCCGUCUUCCGCCACGUGAGAACGCUGUAAAAAUCGAGUUGAAGGGGAUCUUUGUGGGGGCAAAGGUUGUCCGGGGGGCCGAUUGGGAGUGGGGAAUGCAAGAUGGUGGUGAGGGCAAAACGGGAAGAGUUAUGGAAAUUAGGGGCUGGGACAAUGAAUCGUGUCGUAGUGUAGCAAAUGUUUCGUGGAUUUCGGGCUCCAUAAAUGUCUAUCGACUGGGGCAUCAGGGGAAUGUGGACUUGAAGUAUGUUCAACCAGCGAGUGGUGGAUGGUACUACAGGGAUCACAUGCCAGUGCUCGGGCAGAUGGAUGAACAACAACCGACACCAGUACCAGCCACAACAACUGGCUUCUCUGUUGGUGAUCGCGUUAAGAUCUACCGGGAGUUGGAUGUACUGAAGAAAUUGCAGAAGGGACAUGGUGGAUGGAAUCCUAGGAUGGCACAUUUUAUAUCAAAAAUUGGCAUUGUUCACCGAGUCACAGAUAAAGGCGAUAUUCGUGUUCAAUACGAUGGCUGCACAAAUCGAUGGACAAUCAAUCCGGCGGCCCUUGUGAAAGUUUAUGUAUAUAAUGUUGGUGAUUUAGUUACAAUUAUUAAUAAUAUGGCCAAAGUGAAACAAUUGCAAAAGGGUCACGGCGAGUGGAUUGAUACGAUGAAACAUGCACUUGGGAAGACCGGUAAGGUAAUUAAGGUGUACGAUGAUGGUGAUUUGCGUAUCCAGGAGCUCGAUAAUGGCCUCACAUGGACUCUCCAUCCAGCCUGUGUUCACCUUGAGCGUUCGAGUGGGGGAAAUGUAGCCGAGAGGUCAAACAGUAUGAUGGAUUUGAGCCAUCAGCGAAUCGAUCAUGUAAUGUUGCCACUGUCGGGAUUGUCGGGAUCAUCGGCAGCUGACAAAUUGGUCAGAGAUGCGGCUCAGGGAAAGCUGGAAAGUGUUCAAUUCUAUCUCAACAAUCAUCCGGAGCAGGUGGACGUGAUGUCGGGCGGAAAGACGUGCCUGCAAGUGGCUGCACACCAGGGUCAUAUAAAUCUCGUGCGAUACCUCUUAUCUGUGGGCGCCAAUGUGAAUAUGGUGGACAAGGAGGGAGACUCCACACUCCAUUAUGCUGCCUUUGGCAAUCAACCCGAAGUGAUGCGUGUCCUGCUGGAGCAUGGAGCUGACAUCAACAUCCUCAAUGUCACACAUUGCUCAGCUCUCCACAUUUCGGCUCACAAGAAGCCACCGCACUGUGUUAAGGUAUUGCUGGAAUUUGGGGCUGAUGUGAACAUUCAGGACUCCUAUGGAGACACAGCUCUUCAUGAUGCCAUUGGCAAGGAGAAUUCUGAAGUGGUGGAUCUUCUGUGCAAUGCCCAGAAUCUCAAUCUGAAUAUACGCAACAAGAGAGGCUUCAAUGCUCUCCAUCAUGCUGCCCUCAAAGGCAAUUCGCAUGGAAUUCUGAGGAUCCUACAGCUCGUCCGUCAGACAAAUAUCCAGUCAAUGGUGGAUUUGGUGAAUCUGAAGAAGGAGGAUGGUUUUGCUCCUCUCCAUCUGGCUGCUCUCAAUGGGCAUGCAAAGGUGGUGGAGGUGCUAGUGAAAGAUGGUCAAGCUCACAUUGAUAUUCGCAAUAAUCGACGUCAGACUCCCUUCCUGCUGGCCGUGUCUCAGGGACAUGCAGCCGCCAUUGAGACUCUUAUUGAUCUGGGCUGUGAUAUUCUGGCCAAGGAUGAAGAUGGGGACAAUGCCAUGCAUUUGUGUAUCAUCAAGAAGUCCAAUUUGAUUCAGGAAGUACCACAACUGGAGGCACCCAAAAUGUGGGAAAUCUAUCAGGAUCUCAGUCACAUUGCGGAAAAUCGACUGAUGUACACGAUUUUGUGUUUUCUGGCCAAGAUGGGAUGUCGCAGUGAGCCAAAUUACAAAGGGACACACUUCCUCGAUUGGAUCACAGAUAAAAAUAUGAGGGAUCUAAUUGUGGGCUAUGAGGUUCAACGGAGACCCCUUCCAGUGCCGGCUGAAAGGAAUCUCGCAGGAAGUUCUGAUGCCAAUCCCGAUCAAGUUUACUCCAAUGUCUCCCAGACGCUCUCGACGAGUGGAGGUGCCACCGAUAAUAGCCAGUGCAGCAAUGAUCAGGUGGUCAGUGAGUCUUCUAGUCAAUCUACAGCGGCGGAAGCAGACAAUACUGCAGUAAUUCCUCCUCCCAGUACCCCGGCUCGUCGCCAUAGGGCCGGAAAUCGGGAUACAUCAACGCCGAGUCCGCAGCUGCCGGCGCAGACGGAGACAGAGGAGCCGCCAGCUGGUCACGGAGUGCCAAAGAGAAAUAAUACAGAUGCCCGGAGUACGCCUCCAUUGCCACCGCCGAAUCGCUUUCGAGCCGUGUCACCGCCUGCCGGACACGACUUGCCAGGUGCGUCCAACAAUCUGUCGGCCGCCGGCGGUGCAGAGCCAAGUGCCGGAGCUGUUUUUCAUAGCAAUUUAAAUGUAGGUGAUGCCGGCAGAGGCUCAGCACCGUCGCCAAGUCGUCAGCCCAAUGCAUCGGGCAGUUCUACGAGCGGACGACACGUGAGCCGGAAACAAUUGAAUAAUGCUGCGCCGGCACUCAAUGUAGCCCCUGCGCCGCAUACGGCUCAGCCACAAGAGUGCAUUGUGUGCAAUGAAGUGACACCACUUAUCAUUUUCGAUCCGUGCUCACAUCAGAUCAGUUGCGAAGAUUGUGGGCUGCGAAUGAAGAAGUGUUUGUCCUGUGGCAUGUUGAUUGAGCGCCGGCUGACGUUUGGGGGGAAAAUUGUGAGUGGCAAAGAUGCCAUAAGGCAACCCUCGGCGGACAGAUUGAGGUACCUGGAGAGCAAGAUACUGGAGAUUGAGGAGACACACUGCUGCAGCAUCUGCAUGGAGAGGCGACGCAAUGUGGCAUUUCUGUGUGGACAUGGAGCAUGCUCCAAGUGUGCCGAUACCCUCAAAACCUGCCACAUGUGUCGCAAAACCAUCCUCAAGAAGAUCAAUCUGUACUGAAUUUACAAAUGGAUUUUCCUCCUUAGACAUUCUCCCCCAAAGUCCCAAGUUCUCGGUGAGUCAAACCCACUCUGCGACUUUUAUUAAAAAAAACUAUAUAUAUAUAUAUAUAUUGUAGGAGUUAUUUAUUUAGAAAACAAAAAAUUGAAAAAGUAAAAUAGGCUCCAAGUUAAAAGUAUUGUAAGUCUCUGUAUUGGUUUUAGGACAAUUAUUUCAAAUUUUCAUUUUUGCAAAUAUAAUAAGGUGAUAUCAAUUUUGAUAUUUAUUCUCGAGUCUUUAUGGAAAAUACACUAAUCUCUACCAUUAUGCUAUUAAAAAUUAUUUUUUGAAUAUUUUUUUGCUGUUUAAGCGAAAGUCAGUGAAAUCUGAUGCACAACGCACAAUAAAUUUUGUUUUGUAAAUAUGUUUUUAACAUUCAGAAAAAAGGAAGAAGAUCAGAAGUCUCUGCAGCCGUUUACGAAAUUGAAAACCAAAUUUAACCUGGAGGGGAAUUCUGUAACGCUCUGGCAAUACCAUAUGACAAAUAGGGUUGGAAUCUUAGGAGAGCUUUUUCGAAAAUGCGAUUCCGCAGCCGUGACAUUGCCAUUUGAGCUCACGUGGCAUUGUCAGAAGUCACAUAUUUGAGAUUUCUGGCAAUUCAAAUGACAAUGACUUUUAUUGAACAAAUCAACCAAGACGUACUGUAUUUUCAUAAUAUUAUCAAGUAAAGGGAUUUCAUUAAAAAUUCAGUGAAUUGCAUUUUCGAACUCAUAUGAUUUGACAAAAAAAAAGCUCGGAUGGUAUUGUCAGGUUUCGAACUCAUGCGUGACAAUGUCUCGAAAAUUACAGAAUUCCCCUACCGGAAGGGAAUUCUGUAACGCUCUGGAAAUGCCAUAUGACAAAUUGGGUUCGAAUCUUAGGAGAGCUUUUUCGAAAAUGCGAUUCUAUAGCCGUGACAUUGCCAUUUCAGCUCACGUGGCAUUGUCAGAAGUCACAUAUUUGAGAUUUCUGGCAAUUCAAAUGACAAUGAAUUUUGUUAAACAAAUCAACCAAGACGUAUUCUAUUUGUAUGUAAUUGAAUUUUCGAACGCGUAUAUGAUAAGACAAAAAAAGCUCGAAUGGUAUUGUCAGGUUUCGAACUCACGCGUGACAAUGCCACGAAAAUUACAGAAUUCCCCUACUGAUCGAUUAUUAUUAGAAAUUAAGCCCACCGGAGUGAAUGAAUUUUGAUCUUCAAAAAGAUGAACUCGAAAUAUUUUCAGUAACAGGUGUCUAUAAGUAAAAUGAUCAUAAGAGCUACCUGCAAAAAUUGUCCGAAAAUAAAUAAAAUCGCUGCAGUCAUUUUCGAAAAUAAAGACCAAAUCGUUUGCAAAUUAGGACCAGAGGAAGGGUUGAGUUCUGAGUUUCGAAAAUCCAAUGUCAAAAUAUUUUCGUUAUUGUGUGUCAAAAGGUGAAAUAUUCGCUCGGGCUACCCCCAAAACAUAUCCGAUAAUAAACAAAAUCGUUGAAACCGUUUUGGAAAGUAAAACCCAACCGAAUGGAUAUUAGACCAUCUGAGGGAGUGAACCUCGAACUUCAAAAAUUCGAAGUUGAAUUUUAUUUCGGUAAUAAGUAUCCGUGAAAAAAUGACCAUUUCUGCUACCUCCUAAACAUAUUCAACAUAAAUUGGAAUCCCUGCAGGCGUUUCCGAAAAUAAAAACCAAUUUUAACCAAGUCGAAUGGAAAUUAGGUCCAUUGAAAGUGUUUAAUUUUUAACUUUCGAAAAUUCGAAGUUAACAAUUUUUUUCGGUCAUAGAUAUCUACGUACAAAAUUUCUUUCUAUCUACGCCUAAAACAUAUUCGAAAAGAAAAGCAAUUGCUGCAGAUGUUUUUAAAAUAAACAAAAAAAUAUAUUUUACAACAAGAAAAUAAA